AUGACGGAAGAGGUGAAUGAAAGCGUUCAACACAUGCAGCAACCUAAAGUCGCCGGCAGCACCUGGCUGACGAGCUUCUGCGGACAAGACUGGCCAGUCGUGCUUUGUAAUGCGAGUACCACACCAGAGAAGUUCUUUGGAACCCGACAGAGAGACGACGAAACUCCCGGCAUUCUCCUUGGGAAACACAAAUAGUGAGUGGCGCCUUCCCUGCUUCAGGUACUCUGCUAAAGAUCGUCAGUAUCUGGGUCGCAACUGAACUUGUCGCGGAGUUCGAUCCUUGCGGCGACUACGAGCUUCCCAAAUUCGACCAGCCAGAGAUCUUGCCUCACGACGAUGAAGCAACAAAGUCGCAGAAGCAGCGCGUCAAAGCCUUCGAGCAGGAUGCGAGGGAAUUCCGUGACGACAAAUUCUGGUCCAACUAUGUCAAGAUGAAAUCUGAAGCUCGCAGAAUCGAGAACGAGAGAAACCGGCGCCACUCUGAGCGGACAGGAAGUUCGAAAAAACGCAAAAUCACUCGCGAGGACGAUGAGAUUCCUUUCGCGAGCGAGGGCAAGCGUCGCCGGGAUUCCUCUGCAUUUGACUCGACUGGCAGUGGCAAGCAGAGAAACGACUCGUCGAGCUCGCCUGGAUCCCAACAGGAACAGCUACCGACUCCCAAGCAGACCCCGAAUAAGAACAGAGUAGGACCAGAAACCAGUAACAGCAGAGGAUUCACGAACGAUAGCGGCUCGCCAAAUCUCAGCGCCGGGAGCGGAUCGGAAGUGGGCGCCUUGCGCGUGUGGAGUCCCCCCAAGAUGAGGUUGGUGACAACCGUUCCCUAACGACACUUUGCAAGCCCCUAAUCUAUGAACUCAGUACAGACAAGGUCAAGGUCGUCAUCGACCGAUCAAAGGCUGGCAUCAUCAUUCCCCGCGAGGCAUUGAAACAGUGCGAUUAUCUCGCCUCACUCGAGAAGUAUCACGCCGUGCUCGGACAUCACGUCAUCGACCUGACCGCAGACAAGCAAGCUGUCGCUCUCAACCUGACGGAGAAAGAAUUCUCCAGGCUAGAGGACUACUUCUACACCAAUGACAUUGGCCCCCAGCUCCUUCCAGAUAAGGACUACGACUCCAAAGACCCGUUUGGAGAACUCGAAGGUAAGAUCUCUCUCUCUCCGUCAGAUCCAAUGCCCUUUUCCUUCAGCACACUAACAACCUUCCCCAGAAGCUCAGAAAUCCCUCUUCGGCGAGAGCCUCGCCCUCGCCUUCGUGCCCGCUUGCAAAAUCCGCCACGAACCCCUCCAGGCGCUCAUCCGCGACAAGAUCCGCGCGCUCGACCCGCUGCCGCCCUUCACCAUCCUCGUCAUGGCGACGGUCUUCGCCAACUUGCCGGCGCCGGAGACCGUGACCGAGUACUACUUGCAGGACUGGAUGGCCGACCAUCUCGCGGAGUCGUACUGGGUUCUCGCCAGGAAGUAUCCCGAAGUGCUGCAGCGCGGGCUCGAAGAGCAUGAUACUUUGAGGCGGGCGGUCUACAGUAGGCUUGCGGUAGACGGAAAGAUGGGCAAGAAGGGGUUCGACGGUGAAUUAUGA